AUGGGGUUGCCGAUAUGGGAAGCCUUCGUCAGUUGGUUACGCAGUCUAUUUUUCAAGCAAGAAAUGGAGUUAUCUUUGGUUGGUCUUCAAGAUGCUGGGAAAACGUCACUGAUAAAUGUUAUUGCAACUGGUGGAUAUAGUGAAGACAUGAUUCCUACGGUAGGAUUUAAUUUGAAAAAGGUAACUAAAGGGAACGUGACAAUAAAGUUAUGGGACCUUGGAGGUCAACCAAGGUUUCGCAGUAUGUGGGAGAGAUACUGUCGUGCUGUUUCAGCAGUUGUAUAUGUUGUUGACGCAGCUGAUUAUGACAAUUUACCUGUCUCUAAAAAUGAACUUCAUGACUUGUUGAGCAAACCUUCUUUAGAUGGGGUUCCCAUUCUAAUUUUGGGCAAUAAGAUUGACAAACCUGGGGCAUUGUCCAAGCAAGACCUGAUAGAUCAGAUGGGACUGAAAUUCAUCAAUGAUAGAGAAGUUUGUUGCUUCAUGAUCUCCUGUAAAAACUCCACCAAUAUUGAUACAGUUGUUGAUUGGCUUGUAAAAAAUUCUAAAUCAAUAAACUGA